UGACCGGAACACUAGCUCAAGUCAGCUGGGGUCAAGGAUGGAUUUGUGAAAUUGUGACUCAGUUUAUCUCUAACCCUGCCCCUGUGUAAAUUGUGAAUAUUGGCGGCAGAAAAUCUACGAAAAUAAAAGAUUAAAAAAUUCGGGAAACUGUUCCAAGUGGACACUUUACAGGGAAUAUGAUUGUGACGGGUCCGCAGCAGGGUUAUACUCCAGGAUAUAUUAACUAUGAUGAUCUGGUUGAGGGAGCUCUAGAGGGUGUCGCAGAGCAUAGAGCAUCAACAAGACAACGGCAUCUUAGUUCUGGAAAUGAGGACAUUGCUAGCAGCUACUUUGCUACUCAAUAUGGGACAUCCAAGGACAAUAGUAGGCAUGCCAGUAAGCAGACUAGUAGGCAAACCAGCAGAAGAAACAGCUUUACAACAAAUGCUAAAGUGUGUAGUAAUAGCUAUGUUCAAUCAACAAUGGCAACGGCAGCAGCUAAAAUUGCUCAGCUAAAGAAAACUGAGCGGGAUGAUAAUAUUGCUAAAUACAAAGAACAGAAGAGCUGUGAACAAGUUGUUCAAAACCAGUGCGUUCAGCAAAAUGUUCAGCAACAAAAUGUUCAGCAUCAAAAUGUUCAGCAAGAAAGUGUUCAGCAGCAAAGUGUCCAACAACAUCAAAUUACUCAACAUUACGAAAGCACGAAUCAACAUCACCAACAACAAAGUACUGUUAUGAAUCAACAUCACCAACAACAAAGUACUGUUAUGAAUAACAGUAUCAACAUCAGUUCAACCUCAUUAGCCAACAGCGAAUCGGAAUGGAGUCCAACAGCAUCUAAUAUGGAGAUUUCUCAACAGCAGCAGUACAACAGCAACAGUGUACAGCAGAACAGCAGUAGUAAUAACAACAGCCGGGCAGGCUCUCGGAGGAACAGUUCACAGUUUAGUUAUCUUUCUUUGCUCCCUGAAGAUGGGUCUUAUCCACAUAGAACUCAACCCAUAGGGGAACCGAUGACAAAAAGAACUAGCAGUGCAGCCCCGACUCCAGACAGGGAGGUUGGUAGAAAAUGGUCCCUGACAUCUAGUCAAGAUUAUAUGAAUAGAACUGGGAAGGGAAAUUAUGCCGUCCGAAGUAAUCCAAUUGGAAACUGGAAGGUGAGUAUUAGAUCUAUAGGAUCAGAGAUUAGAUAUUCUUCAGUAGGAAACUGGAAGGUAAAUAUUAGAUCUAUAGGAUCAGAGAUAAGAGGUCCUUCAGUAGGAAACUGGAAGGUGAAUAUUAUAUCUAUAGGAUCAGAGAUUAGAGAUUCUUCAGCAGGAAACUGGAAGGAGCGAAGAUCCUCUACUGCUGAUGUGAGAGGGAGUGGGAUUAGAACUGGAGGAAAUCUGAUAGAACCCUCAGGGAAACCUCCGUCAAACUUCUUCAUGCCAUUCGGUUCAUCAGCACAGAACAGCUUUACUAAGAGAAAAUCCAGUAAAACUGUUCAAAGUAGUGAACAGAAGCACGUGAAAAGGGAAAGAAAUCGUAGUAUCAGCGGACCUUCAGGGACUGCUAUGCAAAGUUUAAACCAAGCGCUGAACUCUAUACAAUCAAAUACGGAAUCUGAAGUAAUCAAUGUAACUUUAACUAGAAGACCACGAGAUAGAGCUCAAUCUUUGCCGAGGGGAAGGGUAAGCAACGAGGAAUCAAGUUUUACUGUGUCUUUACCAGGUUCAAGAAGACAAUCUAGACAACCCAGUGUUGAGCCGGAUUCUAAGAAAUUAUCCCGGCACGGUAGUGUCGAAAUAUUUGAUGCAGCCUACAAUCUUACAGUUCCAAACAUACUCUCUAGGCAUGCUAGCCAGACCAAGCUUGAAGAAGUGCAUGCAGAUCAUUUUUUCUUUCCAGGAGCAGUACAGGAUUCUGGUACGGUAACAUUACCUCCUCAACCAACUGUACAGCCUUCUGUGCAGUGUAUUGCAGUUUCUGUACAUAAAAACCCAGGAGGAGGAGUUGUUGAAGAUGGAUCUGGGUUUAGUGCAGAGCUCUCUAAUCUUACAUAUACAGGAGGAGGAGUUGUUGACGAUGGAUCUGGGUUUAGUGCUGAGCUCUCUAAUCUUACAUAUACAGGAGGAGGAGUUGUUGAAGAUGGAUCUGGGUUUAGUGCAGAGCUCUCUAAUCUUACAUAUACAGGAGGAGGAAGAAAUAAACCAGGAACUCACAUUAGAGCUUACAAAUAA